CCAAAAUCUCCACCUUUUACAAUAGCCUCGGUUUAAUGUAUCAUCUCGCGAAAGGCCUCUACUUUCAUGUUACCAGCAAAGAGGAGUACUCUGUUCUCCUCCUGGGACUGGACAAUGCUGGGAAAACGACCCUUCUCGAAAAAGUAAAAUCAAUUUACCUACCAAAUGCCCCACCCCCGCCAAAAGAGGGCGGAACAAUCCCGACGGUCGGCCAAAAUGUUUCCAUAAUUCCCUUAACCUCUCCAACUAUCUACCUUAAGCUCUGGGAUAUUGGUGGCCAAUCCACCCUACGCUCCCUCUGGAAAAGCUACUAUUCAUCCGCUCAUGCAAUCGUUUUUGUCAUUGACAGUACGGACGUACCACGCAUAGAAAAUGAAGUUAUAGAAGUACUGAAGGAGGUCGUGGAGCAUGAAGAGACAGAGGGUGUGCCAGUGUUGGUAUUGGCCAACAAGCAGGAUCGCGAGGAGAGCUUGGAGAUAGCACAGUUGAAAGAGGCUGUCAACCCUAUUGUGGUCAAAUUAGGAGCCAGAGAUAGCCGCGUUCUGCCUGUUUCCGCUCUGGAAGGAACUGGUGUCAAGGAAGCCGUGGAAUGGCUGAAGACGAGAGUUAUGUGGAAUAAGGAGUCUCGACCUCCUACUAUGCGCUGAUAUCGUAGCAUCCCUUCUGGAUGGAGCGUUUAUCAUAUCCUUUUCUUUUCGAAUUUUUUUCUUUCUUGGGUGUGAUUUUAUGCGGUUCGGGAGGGGAGUAUUAAUGGUUUCAUUUUCAGUUCAUGGCGUUAUUGGGGAUCUGGUUUGCUUUUACUACAAUCGCGGCUUAGUUUUUAGCUGAAGAGUUCUAGGGGUAAGGGUGCUGUCUGUCACUGUUCAGGUGUGUACGAUACCAAAAAGCGCGCUCCAUGGCGACUUAUUGUUUAGCA